AUGGCUUCCACCAUGAAGUUCACCCUUUUCUCUGUGCUCACACUCCUCUCCCUCCAAGCAGUAGUCUCCAUUACCCCAGUACUGCAGCUUCAACAUCCACUAGACCCUUUAACCCCACAAGAGAUAACUCUUGUCCAAACCAUAGUCGUAAACAAGUACCCCACCUCAAAGAAUAGACUGAACUUCCACUACAUUGCCCUAGAUGAACCAGAAAAGGAUGCCAUCCUCAGAUGGGAAUCCACCAAACCAAAUAUUGUAACAGUCCCUCGCAAAGCCUUCGUCAUUACUAUUAUCAAUAGCCAAACCCACGAGAUCUUAAUUGAUCUAAGGGCUAGGCGCAUUCUCUCUGACAAUGUUCACACCGGGAGUGGUUUCCCUACCCUAUCCGUUGAGGAGCAAAACGUUGCCAUAGAACUGCCAAUGAAAUAUGGUCCAUUCAUUGAUUCAGUGAAGAAGAGAGGGUUGAACCUCUCUGAGGUGGUGUGCUCUACUUUCACCAUGGGGUGGUUUGGAGAAGUGAAGAAUAGGAGGACAGUGAGGGUGGAAUGUUUCAUGAAAGAAAGCACUCCCAAUAUAUGGGUGAGGCCUAUUAGUGGACUCACAAUAGUGGUUGAUCUCGAGUUGAUGAAGAUUGUUGAGUACCAUGACGGUGGUAUUAUUCCAGUGCCAACAGCCGAAAAGACUGAAUACCGACUUUCGCAUCAGAACCCACCAUUCGGUCCAAAACAGCAGAGUCUUGCAACCCAUCAACCAGAGGGUUCAGGGAUCAAUAUCACUGGUCACAGUGUUAGCUGGGCCAACUGGAAGUUCCAUAUAGGAUUUGAUCCACGAGCUGGGCUUGUAAUAUCUCUUGCAUCCAUUUAUGAUUUGGAGAAGCACAAGUCCCGUCGAGUAUUAUACAAAGGCUACAUUUCUGAGCUUUUCGUGCCAUAUCAAGACCCAACAGAUGAUUUUUACUAUAAGACUUUCUUUGAUUCUGGAGAGUUUGGGUUUGGUCUCUCUACGGUCUCAUUGGUACCCAACCGAGAUUGCCCAUCUAAUGCUAAGUUCUUAGAUGUAUAUGUUCACAACGCCGAUGGUAGUCCAAGACUCAUUGAGAAAGCAGUCUGUGUGUUUGAACAAUAUGGCAAUAUCAUGUGGCGUCACACCGAAGCUGGCAUUCCCACUAUGAAACCGUUCGAAGAAUCUAGAACGGAAGUCAACUUAGUUGUAAGGACUGUUGUUACUGUCGGCAACUACGAUAAUAUUAUAGAUUGGGAGUUUAAAGCAAGUGGCUCGAUCAAGCCCGCGAUAGCACUGUCGGGUAUAUUGGAAGUAAAGGGAGUGGAUAUUAAGCAUAAGAAUGAGAUUAAGAGUGACCAACAUGGUACCUUGGUAUCAACAAAUAGCAUUGGUGUUUAUCAUGACCACUUCUACAUUUACCAUCUUGACCUUGAUAUUGAUGGACAAGAAAACUCUUUUGAGAAGACCAAUUUGAAGACUGUAAGAGUCACAGAUGGAAGUUCAAAGAGAAAGAGCUACUGGACAGUUGAGACUGAAACUGCUAAUACUGAAUCCGAUGCAAAGAUCAUACUUGGGUCAAGCCCAUCUGAGCUUUCAGUGGUAAAUCCUAACAAAAAAACGGCUGUUGGAAAUGAUGUUGGAUACCGUUUGAUUCCAGCAAUCCCAGCUCAUCCUCUUUUAACGGAAGAUGAUUAUCCACAAAUUCGUGGUGCUUUUACCAAUUAUAAUGUGUGGGUCACCCCUUACAAUAGGAAUGAGAGAUGGGCUGGUGGGCUCUAUGUUGAUCACACCAUUGGAGAUGAUAAUUUAGCUGUUUGGACCAAAAAGAAUAGGGACAUUAAGAACAAAGACAUUGUGCUGUGGCACGUAGUUGGAAUUCAUCAUGUUCCAGCCCAGGAAGACUUCCCGAUAAUGCCAUUAUUGAGCACUGCAUUUGAGCUAAGGCCAACCAAUUUUUUUGAGAGGAAUCCAGUCCUUAACACCCUUUCUCCAGAGGAUGGUAAAUGGGUGGGUUGCCCCAAGUGA